AUGGACGUCCAAAAACAGCAACUUUGUCCACGGCUUGUGGAUUACUUAACUAUAGUUGGAGCAAAACCAUACACUACUGGGAAAGGACUAGCUCCGGUGCAGGCGCCAGAACUACUUCGUCGUUAUCCCUUAACCAAUCACGAUGACUUUCCUCUACCGCUGGACAUGGUGUAUUUCUGCCAGCCAGAAGGUUGCGUGUCUGUGGGGCCUCGGCGCCAACUUGCACAUAUAGCAACUCGGGACACAACCUCCUUCGUAUUUACACUUACAGAUAAAGAUUCGGGUAAGACCCGAUAUGGCAUCUGUAUCAAUUUUUACCGGGCGAUGGAGCGUGCACCAACUCCUGGCCCUCGGGAGAGAAGUGUUUUACGUCGUGAGUCUUGGAGGAAGUCUAUGGAAAGGAGUUCGGACUCUGCUUUCUCGAGUGACUAUAGAAGCAGCAAUGUGGCGCCGAGUGAUUCGGAGCGCGACUGCAGCGCCGGGCCUAGACUAGCGCCCGCCCCUCCUGACUCCGAGAGUGGAGGAUCACACUCACCAAGCCCUAGAGCCACCAGGAAGAGACAGCGUAUACGGAACCAUUCCUUAACCUCAAUCUGCCUUCUAUCACAUCAUCCUUUCUUCUCCACAUUCCGGGAGUGCCUCUUCAUCCUUAAAAAACUGAUUGAUGCCUGCAACGAAUCUUCCAGUCCUAGGCGCGUUGGGGCCUCCAGACAAUUAUUUAGAGAUACAGUGUGGUCAGUGCUAACUGGUCAGGCAUACGAUAAUACGCCUACAAUAGUAGUGCACGAUGUCAAAGAGAUUGAAACGUGGAUACUACGACUAUUGUCAGCGCCUGUACCAGUACCAGGGAAAACUCGACUCGAACUCGAAGUACUCUCACCUACAGCACACGCACCACUUGUAUUUGCUUUACCCGAUCACACAAGAUUCACUCUAGUUGACUUCCCUCUACAUCUACCAUUGGAAUUGCUAGGUGUUGAUACUUGCUUGAGAGUUUUAACCUUGAUAAUGCUGGAAAACAAAGUGGUAGUUCAAUCGAGGGACUAUAACGCACUGUCAAUGUCUGUGAUGGCGUUAGUAGCGAUGCUGUACCCACUAGAGUACAUGUUCCCAGCGAUACCACUAUUACCAAGUUGUAUGAGCUGUGCGGAACAAUUACUUCUAGCUCCCACUCCAUUCCUAAUAGGAAUACCAGCUACAUUCUUAACGUAUAAGAAGAAUUUUAAAUUACCAGAUGACAUUUGGUUAGUAGAUCUAGACGCUACUAAACUUAGUGGGCCUUACGGUAAUGAACAGGACCUACCUCCUCUCCCAGAACCGGAGAGUUCAGUCCUUAAAAAUCAUCUAAAACAGGCACUAAGCAGCUUAACAAAUAGUUCAGCGGAACAAGCUACAGCGCCACUUAUGCCUUCGAGAAGAGAUAGUGUUGGUGGAGCUACAUUAAAGGUACAACCAGCGUCUUUUCGUGAAGGGUCUCAUAGUACCCCAGAGAGUCGACGUGUGUCAGUUGGCAGCGCACACACAAGACUGUCGUUAGCAUCGCCACACUCGCCAUCACCACAAAACUCGCCACAGUCACAACCGUUCAAUCCUUUGAUAUACGGCAACGAUGUUGAUUCAGUCGACAUCGCCACAAGAGUCGCUAUGGUUCGUUUCUUCAAUUCCCAAAAUAUUUUGGCGAAUUUUAUGGAGCACACGCGAACACUGCGUUUAUAUCCCCGACCUGUCGUAGCUUUUCAGAUAAACAGCUUCUUGCGAUCAAGACCUCGAUCUUCGUCUUUCUUGAAUAAAUUCGCUAGAACACAAGCUGUAGAGUUCUUAGCAGAGUGGUCGUUAACACCAUGUAAUGUGGCUUUCCUAAGAGUACAAACCGGUGUAUUUGAUCCCCGGCAAAUUGGUGAUAAACCAAAAUGGUUUGCGGACCAACUGCAGCCUAUACGAUUUGCUGUUUGGGACGAUGGUAGUUCACUAAAUGGUGCCUUAAGACAGUUGCAAAGACAAGAGAAUCAACCUACAGAUGAAAGUGGAUCUGAUUCUGAAGCUGCUGAGAGUACUAGUUCGUCAUAUUCAUCUUUAAGCGACUUCGUUUCGGAGAUGGCUUCUUCAGAUUUAUCACCAGGUGGAAACGUUCAACAGCACGUUAUUGGAGAAACUUAUAGUGCUGUAGUGCAAGUACCUAUGACUCUGUCUUCAUCGUUAGAUCCGAAAACGGUAUACAGUCCACCAUCUUCGUUAAUAUUUGGAGAAGAAGGAGACAGGGAGGGCCAGCGAGAAGGAAGAGAGUCCACAUCUCCUUCACCAUCAGCUUCAAGUUCAGAUCACAGUGAUUUAUCCGAUGAUGACAUCCCUGGAACUAUGAACCGUCCUGACAUCACUGAUGAACCAAAACCAGUCAAAAAGAGUGACACAGAUAGUGGAAGCUUGGGCCGAGAGUCGGAUUCAUCAACAACGCCUGCAACAGUCGCGUCGCGACGCCCUAGAGAUUCUGAACCUGUACGAGCCUCUCCACAUUCCCGCCCUAGGAGUUCCAACAGUGGUGUAUCAAGACAAGCAUCGCAAACGUCACUAUUAGAACAAUUUGCUGCUCAAGCGAAGGAGCUUGUACGAGAAACUACUCGUCAGAGCAGUCAGGAGGGAAUAUUAGCGCAUAUGGACAAAUUAACUCUUCAUGCUAAAAAAGCCGCAGAAGAAGCAUCAAAGAGUGUUCAAGAGGCGUCGAAGUCAGCAUUGGAGGCGAGUAAAACGGCUACAGCAGUUAGCAAAAACACAUUCGAAGAUCUAACAUAUGUGGGGAAGUCUACUUUGGGAGAUCUUACAAAAAGUGCCAAAGAAGUUGCAGCUAAGAAAGGCUUGUUGAAGGGUGAAAGUCAGGAUGCUUCUACUAGUCCCAAUGCCAGGAGAGAUUCGACAGCGCUGCAAACAACUAACUUACUUGCUACCACACAUCGGGACUUCUUUUCCAAUAUUAGUUCUGACCUAAACGGUCUUGCUGCUUCAACUUCUAGUAUGUUCAGUGACUUCUUUGGUUCUGGUAAAGGAAAGCAAGUAAAACCUGAACCGACACCGAAUACUCCAAUGACAGCAACAUUUGGUCCUUUCUCUCAAGGUGCCAAAGGUUUAGUACAGCGCUCGCCUCUUAUUCGCCAUUCUUCUCCAGCCCCCGUCACGCCGCCAAUAAAUACAAGAUCUACUAAUAGCGAAAAUCAAGCGUUCCUGAAUGAUCUUGUACAACACGUUCUUGAAGGAGAGGGCGUUGGAUGGCUUAAACUAAACCGUUUAAAAAAGCUAAUGGAAGACGAAUCAUAUAGAAACAUGGUUCUUAGUAAACUUAAUAGAAACUUUAACAGAAAGACUUCACCGAAUGAUAAAGUGGAUGACGUGUUUAUAAGCAAACCCGUAUGGAAAGGCAUGCUAAAAGUACUGCAAGCUGUGGUUCAUGGUUUAGAACAUACGUAUUCUAAUUUCGGGCUUGGAGGAAUGGCUUCAGUAUUCCAAUUAGCCGAAAUGGCACACACUCAUUAUUGGAGUAAAGAAUUCGCGGGUUUGGAACCAGGAGGUAUGGCUGGUUCUGCAUUAUCUGAACAUUAUGGAAGGCAAGAUUACGAGACUCCAUUGUCAACGCCGUCUUCCAGAAAAAGCUCGCAGUCUGAUGUACCCAUUGUCAAUUACCCUGAACAAGAGCACGGCGAGACUCAGAGCACAACAGAAAUCUUCAAGGAUAUGUUAAAUCAAAAGCGAAAUCUUUUAUUUAGCAAGUUGACUUCUUUUGAUUCCGAUGCCGCGUCAUCGGAGUGUUCAGACAGCGGGUCGAUAACAACAAAUCGCGCGCUCGCCGACCACCGCGCUUCCUUUAAAUCAAAUCUAUCUGACACUGACGUCAUGUUCCUUAAUGCUGGUCGACCAGGUGUCAAGGGUCGCACCGGUAGUGUGUUCUCGACCAAAUCUUCUGUCAAUGGUAGACCGAUGGCCGGAGUACCUACCACCUCACCACUUACCUCUCCUGAAACCGUCCGCACUUAUCUAUUUCAAGGAUUAAUAGGGAAAGAAAGAUCGAACUUAUGGGACCAAAUGCAGUUCUGGGAAGAUUCAUUCUUAGAUGCGGUGAGCCAAGAAAGGGAUAUGAUUGGAAUGGACCAAGGAGCUAACGAAAUGAUGGAACGAUAUAAAUGUCUCAGCGAAACGGAACGAAAACGGUUGGAGCAUGAGGAAGACAGGCUUCUAUCUACUGCUUUAUAUAACUUAACUGCAGCUAUGGUAAUGCUUGGAGUAGAAGCGGAUAUUAUUAGGAAUAAAGUGAGAAGAUUGCUUGCAAAAAGUCAUAUAGGACUUGUAUAUAGCCAAGAAGUCAACCACCUAUUAGAUGUUGUUCAUAAUCUGCAUGGAAAUGAUAUAAGCCUUAAGGCUCUUGGGUCUCGAGCCACUCAUCGCGCCACAUUUACAGUCCAUGAGCGAGAUGCGGCUGGAGCUUUAAGAUUCUUAGACGUACGACAUGAUGGACUUGUACUAAGAACAACUCAAGGGACCAUUGUCGAAAGGUGGUGGUACGAACGCCUCGUGAACAUGACUUAUAGUCCGAAAAUACGAGUUUUGUGCCUUUGGAGGAAAAAUGGUGGACAGACGCAACUUCAUAAAUAUUAUACCAAAAAGUGCAAAGCGCUAUACUACUGCAUCAAGGAGGCCAUGGAGAAGAGUGGAAGGCGACAAGAUGCAGCGGAACUGGGCGGAGAAUUCCCUGUACAGGAUUGUGCGACUGGCGAGGGUGGACUUAUACAGGUGUGCAUGGAAGGCGUCGGGCUCCUGUUCCAUCAUAGCAAGUUCUUCGUGCGGCUCGAUCACAUUCGGAAGUGCUUCACGCAGAAUGGCGGUAUCUUUGUUUUAGAAGAAUUUAAUCCUAAAACCAGGCAGAUAAUACAAAGAAAAUAUAAAUCUAUAAUGGCGGAUCAAAUAUGCUAUGCGGUGUUGUGCGUGUUCUCGUACUUCGCGGCUGGGCAGGAACAGAAAAAAGCUAUAUUGGAGCAAGCGGCACAGAUACAUGCACCUGAAGGAGCCACAAACGCUCCAUUGUCCCCGAGGAACGAUGAUGAAGUGUUCCAGAGCAAGCAGCAAGCAAGCCCACAGAACACAAGAAAGCCAUCGGAAGUACGUGUAAGCGAUACCGAGAAACAGAGAGUGCCGCCGGACAAGCCACGUGUUUUAACCGAGCGGCCGAAACAAUUGGUUGAACAAGAAAAAGAACCAGCGAAAGAUGCUUCAGAUAGUAAAACAAAUACUGGUAGAAGGGAUAGUGAGGGAAGUUCGGAACGAGAAAGAGACAGCACACGGCCAGCUGCUCAAAGAACGGACAGCUUACCACCAAGAAGGCCGCCACCGCCGGUUUUACCACAACAAAGACUGGUGCGAGCAUACUCACAAGCUUCACCCAGACAUCACGACCCGCCCACGAUCCCUCCUCGUGUCGGAGUCAACCCACGUGCUGGUCCUCCGCCCGCGCUACCUCCGAGACAGAUGUCAGCAGUUGAUGCUAGCUCUAGCCCCAGACAUUCAGCGACAUCUAGCCCAGUGCGUCGUGAAGGCUUGGCCCGUCAGAGCUCGAUUAGUGCGUCACCCGCCAGCUCAGUUUCCUCAGCCCCAUUUUCAUCAACUAACCCUUUCACCGCAACUCGACACACAGAAUUCGUCAUACCGCAACGAACUUCCCGCCGCCCAUCUACCGACCGCAAUUAA